AUGCACGUCUGGGAUGAUCCAGGGUUUCAGUAUGAAUACUUCAAUGCGGUGUUGAUCAAUGAAGUUGACGAGGAGGGGAACAGCGUUGAGCUUGGAGGAGAAUUCCUCCUGCAGCCCAAUGACCACUUCAACAACCUGUCAGUCAACCUGAGUCUCAGCACGGUCCAGGUGCCCACCAACAUGUACAACAAAGACUCUGCAAUCGUCAACGGGGUGUUCUGGUCCGAGGCCUUGAAUAAAGUGUUUGUUGAUAACUUUGAGAGGGACCCAUCACUCAUCUGGCAGUACUUUGGCAGUGCCAAAGGCUUUUUCAGGCAGUACCCAGGGAUCAAGUGGAAGCCGGAUGAACACGGGGUCAUAGCUUUUGACUGUCGAAACCGGAAGUGGUACAUCCAGGCUGCCACCUCUCCAAAGAAUGUUGUUAUCCUGGUGGAUGUCAGUGGCAGCAUGAAAGGACUCCGACUGACCAUCGCCAGGCAGACGGUCUCCUCCAUACUGGACACUCUUGGAGACGACGACUUUUUUAACAUCAUUGCUUACAAUGAGGAAUUGCAUUAUGUGGAGUCGUGCCUAAAUGGAACAUUGGUCCAAGCAGAUGUCCCCAACAAAGAUCAUUUCCGGGAACACCUCCAAAAGCUGUUCGCAAAAGGCAUUGGUAUGUUAGACAUAGCCCUGACUGAGGCCUUCAACCUCCUUGGUGACUUCAAUGAGACUGGAAGGGGAAGCGAGUGUAGCCAGGCCAUUAUGUUGGUGACAGAUGGGGCAGUGGACACAUAUGAUGCCAUCUUUGCCAAGUACAACUGGCCAGACAGAAAGCUGCUCUCUAUGGCCCAGUCUGAAGGAUGCCCUCAGCCUGCCAGAGGGAGCACUCAUUCUUCACUCACCACUGUGAUGAACGAUGUGGUUAGACUGAGGCAGCUUGCUUUGUGCUACUUCACUCAGAUUUCAACAUUGGCAGAUGUGCAAGAGAAUGUGAUGGAGUAUCUCCAUGUGCUGAGUCGUCCAAAGGUGAUCGACCGGGAGCACGACACGGUGUGGACUGAGGCUUACAUCGACAACACUAUGGAUGACGGUAAAGGUCCGGUUCUGAUGACCACAGUGGCAAUGCCAGUGUUCAGUACCAAGAAUGAGACUAGAAACCGAGGCAUCUUGCUGGGGGUGGUUGGGACGGACGUGCCUGUGUCUGAGCUGCUCAAGACCGUCCCCAAAUACAAGCUUGGCAUCCAUGGCUACGCCUUUGCAAUCACCAACAACGGCUACAUCCUCACACACCCAGAUCUACGGCCACUUUAUGGAGAUGGCAAGAAGCGAAAGCGAAAGCCAAACUACAGCAGUGUGGAUCUGUUCGAGGUGGAAUGGGAGGAUAAGGAGGACACGCUGAGAAAUGCCAUGGUCAACAGGAAGACAGGGACCUUCUCCAUGGAGGUGAAGAAGAGUGUUGACAAAGGGAAACGUGUGCUGGUGUUGCAUAAUGAUUACUAUUACACAGACAUCAAAGGGACUCCUUUCAGUCUGGGGGUAGCCCUAUCCAGAGGCCAUGGAAAGUUUUUCUUCAGAGGGAAUGUCACAGUGGAGGAAGGUCUUCAUGACUUGGAGCAUCCUGAUGUAGCGCUGGCAGAUGAAUGGACAUACUGCAAUACAGACGAGCACCCGGAGCACCGAUACCUGUCCCAGAUAGAGGCAAUCAAACUCUACCUCAGUGGACAUGAACCCCACCUACAAUGUGACAAGGAGCUGAUCCAGGAGGUUCUGUUUGACGCUGUGGUGACGGCCCCUUUGGAGGCCUACUGGACGAGCCUCGUGCUCAACAAGUCGGAGAACUCAGAUAAAGGUGUAGAGAUUGCCUACCUGGGCUCGAGAACAGGCCUGUCGAGGAUCAACCUGUUUGUGGUGCCCGACGAGCUCACAAACCAGGACUUCCUGACAGCUGAAGACAAAGAGGGGGUGUUCAACGCCGAUCACUUUCCCCUGUGGUACAAGAGGGCAGCAGAACAGGUUCCUGGGACCUUUGUCUACUCGCUACCCUUCAACUCAGGAUCAGAAAACAAGAGUGUGGUAUUGGCCAGCACCGCCAUUCAGCUUCUGGAUGAGAGGAAAUCACCCAUAGCUGCGGCUGUUGGCAUCCAAAUGAAACUGGAGUUCUUUCAGAAGAAAUUCUGGACUGCCAGCAGACAGUGUGCAGCAUUAGAUGGGAAAUGCUCCAUAAGCUGUGACGAUGAGAACAUUAACUGCUACCUCAUUGACAACAACGGCUUUGUUUUGGUGGCAGAGGACUAUACUCUGACAGGGAAAUUCUUUGGAGAAGCAGAGGGGGCUGUAAUGAGUAAGCUCCUGCAGAUGGGCUCUUUCAAAAGGGUGACUCUGUAUGACUACCAGGCUCUAUGUUGGGCUUUCUCAGAGAGCAGUGACAGUGGACACACACUGUUAGAUCCGUACUUUGCUUUCUUCUCAGCUGUAAAGUGGAUCCUAACUGAGCUUGUCAUAUUCCUGGUGGAGUUUAACUUGUACAGCUGGUGGCACUCUGACCUCACAGCUAAAGCUCAGAGGAUAGGCCGGAGCAUGCAGGUACCAUGUGACACAGAGUACCCAGCCUUCAUCUCCGAGAGAACCAUCAAAGAGAACACAGGGAACGUUGACUGUGGCGGCUGCAUCAAGGCCUUUGUGAUCCAGCAGAUCCCCAGCAGCAAUCUCUUCAUGGUGGUGGUGGACAACAAGUGUGACUGCAGCAUGUUCGAGCCAAUCACCAUGGACCCCAUCGAAAUCAUGUAUAAUGAAUCUCUCAAGUGCGAGAGGUUGAAGAUGCAAAAGGACAGGAGGCGCCCUGAUACCUGUCACCCUUUUCACCCAGAGGAGAACUCAAUGGAGUGUGGAGGAGCUAUGGGGCUCACCCCGUCGCUCGCGGCAACACUGCUCUGCGUCCUCCUGGCGCUGUUCCCUAGGUGACCAGAGCUGGCCAUGCCUCUCCAUCCAGAACUUGAUUUGGAUCGGCUUGGCUCGGCAUGCAAAAGAAUCGCAACGAUGCCACAGAAACACUCCUGCCCCUAAUCAAACUAUGCCCUUUUCCAACUCACCCACUACAAAGCCCCUAGCCCUGAGGUACAGUGCCACCUAUUUGGAAGGAUUGAAAAUGGAUAGCUAUUAAAGCUACUAAGUAGUGAUAAUUACGGUGGUUUAGCAAAAUCACUUGAGUUGCAUGAAAAGAUCUGGGCAGAGAUGCAAAGUUUUGAACAAAGUAAUAAUGCUAAGAAUGCACAUAAUAGCUUAAAACUGCACAAGUGGUCCAAUAAAACCCACUCUCACUCACACCACUAUGUUCAGUUAUUUUGGGUAGCUGCUGAGGGUCUGUAGCUGGGCUUGGAACUGGGCAUUAGAGCCACGUAACACCCAUGAGGAGAAAGACAGGUGCACCUCCCCCCGGCCCACUCUGACUUCUCAUGGACAAUAGUGAUGAGAAAGAAAAAAAAGAAUAAUACUGAAGAUGAAGAAGAUUAUAUGUGGCUGGGGUUGUAAUGAAAUGUUUGUCUAAUGUUCUUUUUUCAUGAUGACAACAAAAAAAAAGUUCUAGUCUAUAUAUGAAGAAAAAAAUAGUUUUAUUUAUUAUUUGCAAGUGGUACCCAUAAACUGUGACUAUGAGAUUUUGAGUCCUCUGACGUGAGUGGUUGUUAAUAUUUGAGCUUUGCCUUACUGAAUGACAUUGGUCCUGUUUGUGUACUUUUGAAAUAAAAUGAUGUUUAAAAUGUAUGUUGUUAACAGUUGUGUUGAAAGGCUCUUUGCGAAGCAGACCUUCAAUAUAGUUAAUAUGAAGCAUUGUUCCCUGGUCUGUAAACUGUUCUAUUGUUGUGGACGGAUUCGACUGAUUAAUUCAGUAUCUGCUCUAAGUACUUGGCUGUGGGGAAGUGUUUUUCUGCUUUUUAGCCUCCCCAUGAGCAGUUGUGUGUGUGCGCACAUGUAUUUGUAUGACUGCAUCUGGUAUUUCGCUCUUCUGUCAUUGAUAUAAGACUCUAUCCCAGAGGCCUAUCCCCCACACAAAGAGACACGAUAAAGACCAUGACACUGGAAUCGAAGGCCAACCACAACAUACAUCUGUAUUUAUUUAAGAAAUGGACACAGACAUCCUUAGAUAUCUUCUCACAAACUUUGAAGCAUAGCAUUCAUGCGCCAUGCCAGGCCAACUCUUACGUGUUUGUGUGCCUACAGAGGUGUACAAAACGACAGCGGUUCUCAGAGACCCAGUGCCAUCAGGAAGCUGCUCUGCUUUGGUCUUCAUGUCAACACCAAGGUCCCUUUAGCCAUCACAAGCUUCUCUGUCCACCUCUCAACUAGUCAGUUACACUAACUACAGCUUCCUCCUACAACGGUGAUCUAAUUCUCACCAACUAAGUAGUGUAAUAUGUUCCCUAUUGUUUCACUGAUCUAGUCCCUUGAAUAGAAUUAUGUGACUCUAAUUAUUUCCAGUUGAUCCUGUUCUUCCUCUUUCUGUGGUGCAAAGACUCCCUGACUUGCCGGUGGGUCAUUUAUCACUGCAUAAUGGGAUUGGAGCUGUUUUGGGUCACAAAUCAAAUCCGGUCUGUGAUUUCUUCCUGUUUGCCAGAUGAGAUAUGGGGAGGUUGCAUUCAAUGUGUGUACAAAAGGCAGAUGUGGGAAAAGCAAUUGUCUCUCUGGGGAGUUGCCACAAUGGCAGCCCUGUUGCCACCUCAGUAUCCUGUGACUGAUAAAUGCUCAUCUCUGUUUUGUGUAAGCUGUUUUCCCCACCCACUGGUUGGGGAAACAUAACCCAUGCAGAUUUCAAAAGACCCUUUUGUUUCUAAAUAUAGUGCUGCACAAUGCUCACAAAUGUCACACAGGUGAGAAGAUGUUUCAGCUAGUUGUGUUAUUAUGCUGAACAAUGUCAAACAGGUAUUCACUUAAAAAAUAAUAAU